GCGCCGCCUCUCCUUGGGCCCCUUCUCUCCUCCUUUCCCCUCCCAGCCGUUGUUGGCCCAGCCAGAUACUGCGUAGCAAUCACCGAUUCUCCAUCACCAAUUUGACCGGCGUCCCCGAGGCCGCGGGCUCCCGUAGGCUCCCCGUGGCCCAGAGUUAUAGUCGGGACACCCCGGUCGCGGGUAAUUGUCGGGUCUCCACGGGCCCGGGUCGCUGGGGCGGAUCAGGUCCCCGCGCCUUCUCGGGGCUCCCCGCAAAGUCGCAGGCGAGAUGAACAUUCUGGCUCCGGUGCGGAGGGACCGCGUCCUGGCGGAGCUGCCCCAGUGCCUGAGGAAGGAGGCCGCUUUGCACGUGCGCAAAGACUUCCACCCCCGCGUCAUCUGCGCCUGCCAGGAGCAGAGGACAGGCACGGUGGGAUUUAAGAUCUCCAAAGUCAUUGUGGUGGGGGACCUGUCAGUGGGGAAGACUUGUCUCAUCAACAGGUUCUGCAAAGACACUUUUGAUAAGAAUUACAAGGCCACCAUUGGAGUGGACUUUGAGAUGGAACGAUUUGAGGUGUUGGGCAUCCCCUUCAGUCUGCAGCUCUGGGAUACUGCUGGACAGGAGAGGUUCAAGUGCAUUGCAUCAACCUAUUACCGAGGAGCUCAAGCCAUCAUCAUUGUCUUCAACCUGAAUGAUGUGGCCUCCUUGGAACAUACCAAACAGUGGCUAGCCGAUGCCCUCAAGGAGAACGACCCGUCCAGUGUGCUGCUCUUCCUUGUGGGUUCCAAGAAGGACUUGAGUACUCCCGCUCAGUAUGUGCUGAUGGAGAAAGACGCACUCAAGGUGGCCCAAGAGAUGAAGGCUGAGUACUGGGCGGUCUCAUCUCUCACUGGUGAAAAUGUCCGGGAAUUCUUCUUCCGUGUGGCAGCGCUGACCUUUGAGGCCAACGUGCUGGCUGAGCUAGAGAAAUCAGGGGCCCGGCGCAUUGGGGAUGUUGUCCGCAUCCACAGUGAUGACAGCAACCUCUACCUAACUGCCAGCAAGAAGAAACCAACGUGUUGCCCAUGAGCGGUAAGGGGACUGUCCAGCACCUGCCCAGCCCUGGGGCACUGUGCCACCCUGACUCUCCUAGAGCUCAACCCUGGACAUUUGCACUGAUUGUUUUUCCAGACCAAAGAGCUGCCUCUUGAUGGCAGUACCCGUGGAGGGGUAACAGGGACCAUGCUAGUUGCUCCCUGCCCUGGGCACCAUGCCAAAGACUAGAUGUCCUCCUCUUCCGGGGGCUCUCCAGGGUGCCCAGCAGUGGGGAGGUAAUCCCUGCUGCUUUUGCUUAGCCUGAUGGAUCCUUUGGAGUAGGAGGAUGCUUAAUGAUCCCAGCCUCACACUGUGCCUUAUGCAUUAAAAUCUCUGUUUUUAGCA